GUUGAAUCACGCAACAAAAAAAAAACACACAUCUUUCUUCAAUGAUAAAAUAAGUCACAUGUCAAAUGCAAACAUUCAUCGAGGUGGAGCACAACAGUUCAGCUUCAUCAUCUAAUGUAUCUAGACUGUCUUUCUCAAACUUAUCUGCCCCAAGUUUAGAAUGACAUUUCAUACAUAUUGAUAUCUUAGCAAGGAGCCGUCAAAACCAAACACGAGGACCUCAUUAUGCGCACCAAUCGGCACCUCGCGGAUGCGAUUCUCCCGAAUUGGCACUCCUCCCGUAUCCGCUCCGGUCCCUAGUACGUAGUAGUAGAUCCUCCUGAUACGUGAGGGGAAGGAAACACCACAUAGACGAUAUAUCGUAUUAAGGCCCUGAGUCCUUCGAGACUUCUUCGUUAUGUUGGAGCUUUCCUCCCCCCUUUCCCCUUUUUUCUAUGAAGUGAAAGGAAGCAAAUUCACCCCCUUAAGCUAAAAUGACGACCUUCACAAAAAUCGUCGGGGACGAAACCCCGCUCAUCGAGGUAGAUGCCGCAAAGCGUUUGUCUAAGAUUGAUCCCAUGACAUAUGGAGGGUUUACUGAACACAUGGGCCGUUGCAUCUACGGAGGCAUUUAUGAGCCCGGGAGUCCGCUCGCCGACGAGAACGGUUUCCGGAAGGACGUCCUCGCCGCCCUGCGUGAGCUCGACAUCCCCGUGGUCCGGUAUCCGGGAGGCAACUUUGUGGCGACGUACCACUGGCAGGAUGGCAUCGGGCCGCGUGAGAAUCGACCCAAGCGGCCCGAGCUGGCUUGGCUCGGUGUUGAGAGCAACCAAUUCGGCACCGACGAGUUCAUGAAGUGGCUCGACGUGCUGAGCGAGGGAAAGGAACGCCGCGUCGAGCCCUACCUCUGCCUCAAUUUCGGUACCGGCACUCUUGAUGAGGCACUCGCCUGGGUCGAGUACUGCAACGGAACGCGCGACACCCACUACGCCAACCUAAGGCGCGCCCACGGUCAUCCGGAGCCGUACAACGUCAAGUAUUGGGCGCUCGGCAACGAGGUCUGGGGCCCGUGGCAGGUGGAGCAGAUGACCAAGGAGGCCUACGCCACCAAAGCCGUGCAGUGGGCCAAGGCUCUGCGCUUACUAGACCCUUCCCUCUGCCUCAUCCUCUGUGGUCAGGACGGUCAGAGCUCCUGGGAUCACCACGUCUUGCACGAGUGCGUCCCCGCCGGGGCUGCCGACAUGCACAGCAUCCACAUCUAUACCGCCGCCCAGGAGCACCGCAAGAAUGCUACCGCACCCCUCGCCGCCGAGCGCGCCAUUCAAAUCACCGCCGCCCUCAUCGACCUCGCCCGCAUCGAGGCCAACGUGUCCCCGACCAAGCCGCCCAUCAAGAUCUGCUUUGACGAAUGGAACGUCUGGGACCCUGAGCGCGCACCCGGCGAUAAGGGGGCCGAGGAGCAGUACACGCUGUCGGAUGCGCUCGCCGUCGCCGUCUGGCUCAACGUGUUCGUGCGGCAGAGCCGCUACAUUGGCAUGGCCAACAUUGCCCAGACCGUCAACGUCAUCAGCCCUCUCAUGACCACCGAGCGCGGCGUCGUUCGCCAGUCCACCUGGUGGCCCCUCUGGCUCUUCAGCCGCUUCAUGCGCGGCUCCACCGUCGCCACGCACGUGCGCUCUGCCUCCUACGCCGGCGCGACCCAGCCCGCCUGGCUCCAGGACACCCUCGGCGAAGAUGGCGCGCCCUGGCUUGAUGUCAGUGCUGCCUUGGGCGACGACGGGUAUGUGAACCUCGCCGUGGUCAACAGCAAUGACCUGGAGGAUUUUGCUACCGAGCUGAAGGGCGUCGGCUCCGACGUGUCCGUCUACACCGUAUCAGGGCCCCAGGUCAGCUCCACCAACACCGAAGGCAACGAGGUAGUUGCGAUGGUCGAGGGGAAGUGGGAUGGACGGGGGAAAUACACCUUCCCGAAGCACACGUUCACGUUGCUGAGAUGGAAGAAGGCUUAGGGAAUUGGAAUGAAACACGUGGUUAGGUAGGUACUAGAUUACCUAGGACAGGUCAAGUUAGUAUAGGGUAGGU